CUCCUCCCUGUCUCGGUAUCAAAGAGCUCCGGCAGCCCUCUCCGUCCUCGUCUUCAAGCAGCCAUCGGCCGCAGCAGCUGCUUAUCCCCUUAACCUAGCGUGGCCAAGGUCAACAGCGAGAACUCAUCCGCUGCCUCAAGCUCCGGGCUCCCCAGCAGAGGUUUAAGCUAUAUGCAAUAUCAAGAAUGAAGAAACCCGGGAAAGAUGUGGCAACUCCGAGCAAGAUAAAGUUCGAGGAUAGCGAACAAGAUUAUUCAUCAUCCUCAGAAGAGGAAGAGGAGAUAGAGCGCGAGCUGGCAGAUGUAACCUUUGAGGAGUUGCAGAGAGCACGGUCUGAUGGAUCCCAUUUACACAAGAAACUUAAUGAAGAUAAGAAAUCCAAGCGUGCUAACAAGAAUAGGCCUAUGGAAGUUAGCUGCAAGAAGCCAGUCAGUAGGUUUAGAGAAGUUAUCCAGGCUACUAAAAGGGUUGUGCGGGACCCACGUUUUGAGUCUCUCUGUGGUAAUCUUGAUGUAGAAGGGUUCAAGAAAAGAUACAAUUUUCUUUAUGAAAAUGAACUUCCUGCUGAAAGAGAGGAAUUGCAGAAGCAGUUAAAGAAAACCAAAAGCCCGAAAGAGAUGGGUGAAAUUAAAAGUAGAAUUGCAUGGAUUGACAAGCAGCUAAAGGAGUCAGCUAAGCAUACUGAUGCUGCAAUUUUGGCCGGGCACAAGAAGAGAGAAAGGGAAGCAACAAAGCAGGGAAAAAAGCCGUUUUACCUCAAGAAAUCGGAAAUUCGGAAGCAGAGGCUUAUUAAGAAAUACCAUAGUCUCAAGGAAGAAGGAAAGCUGGAGGCUUUUAUCGAGAAGAAGAGGAGGAAGAAUGCUUCAAAGGAUCAUAGGUACAUGCCAUAUCGAAGAACCAGCCAUGGAGGGCAAGAGGACUAAUGGAUACGCUGCAGUUUUUACCAAGUUAUGCUGGAAGUUUCGUACUAGUCCUCUUGUGCUCGGAGUAGUUGCAGUGGGUCCAGUGACAAGAAGGCAGGUUCAGCAAAGAGAAACACCGAGGCGAAAUCAUAAUUUGAUGAUCAAUGUUAAUUUGUACUUUGAUUUGAAACUUAAAAGAAUGGGAUUGUAAGGAUGUUUUCUUAUCAAGGAGAAUAGGAUCUUCCUGGUUCUUGCAACAGCAAGGCCCUCCGGACAUAAAUGCGGCCACUUCCCUGGUUCGGUCA